GUAUGGAUUUCGAUCCUCCUGGAUUGGCACCCUGGUGAUUUAUGCCUGGGUCUUCCUUCCACUGGCUGGCUACGUCGUGAUGAUCUGGGGCCUGUGGAUUGCCUACGUGAUCGACACGGGGCUCUACUUCCCGCCCGGCACGGACUACUGGAAGAAGGCUUUUGGCACUUGGGAUGGCCUGAUGAUGCCUUGGUGCAUUUGGUUUACCCUCGUCCACAUUCUGGCGGGCAUUGCCUCCAAGUUCUACACAGCCAUGAGUGCACAGUCGAUGCUGCCUUGUGCCUCCAUGGAACAUGCAACCCAUUU